AUUUGCUACUGGACCGAUUCAGAAGUACAUUCAGAAUGAAGAUAGAAGAUUUACCGUAUACGUUGGUAAUCGUAUAGCCGAAAUCAGAAAAAAAUCCAAAGUGCAACAGUGGAGAUAUUUCCCAAGUAAAGAGAAUCCGAGUGAUGACGCCUCUCGUGGACUGAAACCUUCUGAGAUGACAUCCGAGUGUCGGUGGUUGGUUGGUCCGUCAUUUUUAAAAGGUCCUGAGUCGAGCUGGGCACAGACAAAUCUGCGGAAAUAUAUAGAAGAGGAACAUCCUGAAAUUCUAAUCCAAUCCAAUGUAGUGGUUGAAGUAAAAAGACCAGCUAUAUACGAACUAUUAGAAAGAUAUUCAUCAUGGAACGUGCUCAAGGCAAAGAUCGUGUGGCUAACCAGAUUUGCGUUUCUCUUGAGUCAUCGCCUUCAUCGCUCUCACAUAUGUCCUCUCGGAAAACCCACCAUUCCUGAGUUAGAAAAUGCAGAGAACGACAUCAUAUGA